CUGUGGCAUGUUUUCUUUAUUUUGGCUAUUUAACCAAUUCUUUUAGGUUCCUCUGUUCUUCUAUCAAUCCGGUUAUUUUUUUUUUCUUUAUUUCUGGUGAGAUAUUACGAAACCACCAAGAAAAAAAGAUUCCUUCGCCGGAAUAAAUCACCGGAGAUAAAGAAAAAGAAUGGCGUCCCUGAAAUUUCCCUUGGAGAUUCUCGCCGUCUUCGUCAUCAUCUCCGUGAUUCUUUUGCCGAUUGCUCAUGCUCAAUCUUCUUCGCCAGCUCCCGCACCCACCAGCGACGGAACAUCGAUAGAUCAGGGGAUAGCGUAUGUUCUAAUGUUGGUGGCGUUGGCGUUGACUUAUUUCAUUCACUAAAACGUGAUGGAUCCGAUCAUUUUGUUUGUUA